AUGGUCAACGCAGACAUAGAGCGCCUCAUCGCAAUCCCCCAGGUUGUUCCAACGUUUCACAAACGACCAUAUCCAGCAAUCUCACCUCUUCGGCCUGAAUUGAGUCAAUCAGGGAAAACAGUCCUGAUUACGGGGGUUGCCGAAGGGAUCGGAUUUUCCAUUGCGCGAAAUUUUGCGCGGGCGUCUGUUUCGAAGAUUAUCAUCUUAGAUGUCGAUGAGGAUGCUCUUAUCGCUGCAACUUUUGAACUGAGAGAUGAGAUCGAAGAUGCUAGUGGGGUGACCAUCGUAGACCCCCGAGUUUGCAACGUCGGCGACAUCAGCGAAAGUGACACCAUCUGGUCGAGUCUUUCUAAGAAAGGAACACUAGUCGAUGUCCUUGCGCUGAAUGCGGUAUGCUAUGGCCCUGAAGAGCCGCUUCUGGAUAGCGGUCGGGACGCGAUUUUGUCCAGUUUCGAUGUAAACGUUUGCGCAUUAUUUGUCCAUACUCAACAUUUCUACAAACAAGUUGGACACGUUCAACAGAAGUUCCUCGUCAAUGUUUCUACCAACAAGAUAUACCUAUGGGAUGCCGAAGGAGCCCGUCCAUCGUAUGGUCUGACUAAAAACUCCGGUGCAGUCCUAGUGCAGCAGAUUGCCAAGGACGUGAAGCCCGAGAAGUUGCAAGUCAUAAGCUUCCAUCCUGGUGAAGUCUUAACCGAGUCAGCCAAAAGGCAUGGCUAUACCAAGGAUACUAUCGAAUGGUACGACGAGGACUUGAGUGGGCAGUUUGCUGUUUGGACUGCUACGCGAGAAGCCGAGUUCUUGCACGGUCGUUUUGUCUUCGCUGCUUGGGAUGUUAAUGACAUGAUGUCUGAAGGGUUUCAGGAGCACCUUGCCGAUCCGUACUACCUUAAGGUCGGUAUCAAGGGAUUGUAG